GCAACCGUCCAUUGAACAUAUUCUCUUCCACCGCAGCAGAUCAUCUCUUCCCAAACUUGCCUUCUAAAACCUCAUAUCUUUAGUCAACUCUUAAGAAAUUUCAGUUUUGUUCUAAUUUAAUGGCAUCCCACAACUUUCCCUCUCUCUUCUAAUUUCUUUUUAAAUAAGAACCCUUUUAGGACCUUCUUCACUUUUCCACCUAUAUUAUUGGUUCUAUAUGUUUUUGUCAAACCCGAAAAUAAUGAAAUUUGAACACUUUCUAAUGGAGCCAACACCAGAUGAACAUCAGCAUAAACUUGAUCUUGAGACUCAAGUUUUGAAGUUACAAGCAGAAUUGCAUGGUGAACAAGCACUCAACAAAGCUCUUCAUUGGGCUCUUCAUGGCCCUCUCUUGUCUCAUCCUCAUGCUUCUUCCUCUUUACCCCCUCAGGUGCAGUUGGUUAUGGAAGAAUUGGGAGUUGUGGAAAGGGAGAUUGAUAGGUUAGAAAAAAAGGUUGAAGAGUUGAAAUUCAACUUAUACAAAGAGAGGGAACAGAAUAAGGAAUGGGAAAUUCAGCAGCGCCUUAGAAGCCUUUGGCAACACAAUAUGCUCUUGAAUGGACCUGAAAUUAAUAACAACUCUCUGAUUAAUGGCCAAAGAUCUAGAUCUCAGCAUUAUGAUGAACUUAGAAAAGAUAUAAUGCUUAGUGAAAGGAGAUUCUCUUCAAGUGCUGCUUCUGAUAUCCAAAUUACUAUGUCUUCUACUGGUGCUAGGAAGAACGCGACGAGAAGCCGAAAGCAAAGUCAAUUAGAGAAAGAAACUUGCAUUGAGACACCAAAUGAGAUUUCAGAACAGUUGAUUAAGUGUCUCAUAAGCAUUUAUCUUGAUCUAAAUCAGCCCUCAAACAACAGCCAAACUUCACCAAAUAUACCAAAACCUGGCCUUUCCUGCAUCAAUUCAAAGCGCUGCAUUGCAAAGACAAGCUUCAGUUGCAAAGCACCUCAACUCACCUUGUCUUUUGAUUAUAGCUCAUCCAUGCCAAAUCCCAAUCCCAAUCCUUAUAGUAUAUUGCUUGACUCAGAAGGCACCGUAAGGGACAUUGGCCCUUAUAAGAACUUCAUCCAUAUCACACGAACAUCUUUCGACAUCCGUAGAUUGCCCGAGUGUUCGUCAUCAAUCAGAAAAUUGAGGGUUUUGAUUCAUAAGCUGAGGAAUGUGGACUUGAGCUUUUUGACAUACAAACAGAAGUUAGCAUUCUGGAUAAACAUUUAUAACUCCUCUAUAAUGCAUGCAUUUCUCGAACAUGGGCAGCCAUCGACAAUCGAAAAACUCUUGGCUUUGAUGAACAAGGCUGUUCUUAAUGUUGGUGGGAUAGUUCUCAAUGCUCUGGCUAUUGAACAUUUCAUUCUACGUCAUCCAAGCGAAACGGAAACGAAAUACCCUUUGGAUGAGAAGGAAAUGCUGCUUCAACAUGCUUACGGCUUAGGAUAUCCGGAACCAAAUGUGACAUUUGCGCUGUGUCGAGGCAGUUGGUCAUCUCCUGCAUUAAGGGUUUAUACUCCAGAGGAAGUGGUGAAUGAGUUGGGGUUGGCAAAAGUGGAGUAUUUGGAAGCAUCAAUGGGGAUGACGAGCAAAAAGAAGAUAAUGGUGCCAAAGCUUCUUCAAUGGCACAUGAAAGACUUUGCAGACGACAUUGAAUCGCUGUUGGAAUGGAUUUAUAGCCAACUUCCUCGCUCUGCAACCUUGAAGAGGUCUAUAAUGGAGUGUUUGAAUGGUGAAACUAAAUCUCCUGUUCAUAAGAUGGUGGAAAUUCAACCUUACGACUCCGAGUUUCGUUACUUACUCCCCAUGUAAUCUAAAUUUGUAUGCAAAAGCAAAUUUGUUGUUUAUUUUACCUGUCUCUGUCUGAUUAGAAAAGUUUUAGCCUUGUAAUCUUCAUUUGUGUUCUGCCAAAUAAAUGAUUCUCCUAUAGAUCAA